AUGGAGCGGAUGGCGGUGUUCGGAUUCCCGGAAGAGGUGACGGGCUUGAGCUGCAGCAGCCGCGGUGGUGGCGGCAUGUGUGCGCUAUGGAGGGCAAGAGAGUGGAGAUUCCAACCGGGGUGCUGGACGACCUGUGCAGCCGAUUCAUUUUGCACAUUCCAAGUGAAGAAAGAGACAAUGCUAUCAGAGUGUGCUUUCAGAUUGAGCUGGCCCAUUGGUUUUACUUGGACUUCUACUUGCAGAACACACCAGGAUUGCCUCAGUGUGGGAUAAGAGAUUUUGCCAAAUCAGUCUUCAAUCAUUGUUCAUUUUUACUUCGGAAAGGAGAUGACGUGGAAAAGAUUUUAGAUGAAUGGAAGGAAUACAAGAUGGGAGUCCCAACAUAUGGUGCAAUUAUAUUAGAUGAAACACUGGAAAAUGUACUUCUUGUUCAGGGUUAUUUGGCAAAGUCUGGUUGGGGAUUUCCAAAGGGUAAAGUGAAUAAAGAGGAGGCCCCACAUGACUGUGCUGUGAGGGAGGUUCUUGAAGAAACUGGGUUUGACAUAAGAGAUCGUAUUUGUAAAGAUGACUUCAUUGAACAGAGAAUCAAUGAUCAGUUAGCUCGACUGUAUAUCAUCCCAGGUGUUCCAAAGGAUACUAAAUUUAACCCUAAAACAAGAAGAGAAAUACGGAAUAUUGAAUGGUUUUCCAUUGAGAAAUUGCCAUCUCACAGGAAUGACAUGACACCCAAGUCAAAAUUGGGUUUAGCACCAAAUAAGUUUUUCAUGGCAAUUCCAUUUAUAAGACCACUAAGAGACUGGAUAUCCAAAAACUAUGCGGACUCUUCAGACAGUGAUGGCCUUGUAUCCAAUAGUGCAACUCCAUCAAAAACUUCAUUGGAAAAAAUAAAUGCAAGAUCACGAACACGGCAGAAUCCACAGUUACUGGAGGGGCUCGUAGGAGAACCGUGGGGAUGCUCCAAUAAACAACGGCCACAGCAGAAGCCUUUCAGUCAAAAUAAUCAGUGUGACACUUCUGAGGCCAUAAAGAGCAAGUCACAUAAUGUCAGAGGUAAUGGCAGAAAGCAAUAUCAAGAUAGUCCAAACCAGAAGAAGAAGCCUAAUGGAGUGAAUAAUCAGCAAGUCAAACAAUUUCAGAUAUUGAAACCUGAUAAAAAGCUUCAGCCAAGACGAUUACAGGACAAUUUUGAAAUGGAUGCAGUCUGUGAACUCUGCAGUUCUAAUCAGCUCCUAGAAUACACUGGGACGUGCAUGUUGGGUUCUGACCCUUCUGAUUCCUGCAGCGGACGCUCCAAUUUUACUUUCUCAUCCAGAGCCUUUCUCAGCUUCAAAUUUGAUCGUGAUGCAAUUAUGAAAUGCUUUGAUCUAUGAUGGCAUUGUUGAACCCUGAUGUGAAAGGAUCACGAGAUUACAGAGAACAAGUGCAAGAUCAAGGAAAAACUCACCUUUUGACCCUUGUGUUGCAAACUCUAAGGAUUUUAAAAAGUACAGUGUGAAGUUUUAAAAGUGGGCAGGAAUAAAUUAGAUGAGGUCAUGUUUAAUGCAGUUUAGCCUUUGUACUUGAGCAACCUUUUCGGUUUUUGAAAUUGGCUGUUGGUUUUCUUUUUAGUAGAUUAGUGCAAUACUGGGAAGGAAACAUUUCUAACACUUUUUGCAAAUAAUCUUCCCCUUUCUGGAUUCCAUCCCCAUUAGUUAGCCUUGGAUAUGACACUUUAAGCAAAUGUAGGUGAUCAGACGUUUUUGAGUAGAUGUUUGGAAAGAUAGAAUGGAUUGUUGCAGUAUUAGGCUUUUUUAUGCAGUUUAAUCAAUUACACUUAGUGAUAUCCAUGCUGUCAUUAUUCAUGUAAUUAUACUGUAGAUACUUGUUCCUCUCUAUUGUUCUACUGGAUGGUUAAUAUGGUCUUUGGUGUUGCUAUAGUUACAGAAUAAUUUGUUUCUGGUAUUUGUUCCAGACCGAGUCAUAUAUUACUUUUUUCUUUGCUUCACUUUAUAUGUUUUAAAGUUUCAAGGAAAAUCAUUUUGUACCUGGAUCAGAUCUACGUUAAUAGAGAAAAUGGGAGGCUAUUGAGUCUCUGUGAGAAUACUACCUUCAUCCUUUCACUUACAGUCCAUUAAUGAUAGAUUGCAUAGAAUUUCUUGACCUCUUAGUUCGAACAUAUUACUUAAAAAUAUUGAGUGACUACCAACAAAAAAUUGAAUUCCUUGACUGCUUAAUGCUUUAUUAAAAAGGAGCAUGUGGCUAGAUGAUGCAUUAUAUGUGAGAGCUCACAGAUCUUGACCCUGAACUCUCGAGAUCUGAAGGAAUGAUCAUUUGUUGUUGUAAAUUCAAACUUUAAUCUCCAUCACAGAAAUUUACCCAAAUUAGUUUUGGAAAUAGGCUUGGCAGGAUGAAGGCUGUUACUCAGAGUAAUUUCAAGUUCUUUUCCAGAUAACGUGCCUAUUUAGUAGACAUGCGACCUCAACUGCAAUACUAUAAAAGAAACCUCAAGUCAUGACCUAUUUACUUGUCAGUUGUAUACCCCAAAAUCUGUCUGUCAAAUUGAUUGAUUAUAAAUUUCAUUUCAUGUUUUGAUAAAUUUUAGAAUAUUCCCUUUUUUCAGUUUUUUGUGCUUAUCCUGCUCAACUUCUCUAUGGAACACUACAAUGCAUGUACGUAGUGCAGAAGCAGCAUCAAACUAAAUUAUGAUGGUAAACUGUUUAAUGCAAGUAACAAUCCUUUGUUAAGCUUUAUAACCUUAUUUAAAAAAAAAAUAAGGUUUUAAAUCUGUGACAAUAUUGUUAUAAAAAUGAUACAUUUAUUUGUCCUGUUUUAACUCAUCCCACUGGAACAGUUUGAAUGAAGUGGAUGAUAAAAUUUUGUAUGAAAUUGUUUUGAGCUGUCAUGGAAAAUAAAACCAAUUUGCAUCAGAAUGGAAUUCUUGGGUGGGGGUCAUUUCAAAACUGAAUACAGGUCCUACAUUCUGAUGGUAAAUUUUCAGCUUUGGGUGCGAUUUGUUAAUUAAUUAUGCCAAAGAUUGUACUGUUUCUGCGACUUGGUUACAGACCAAUGGGUUUAUUUGAAAGCACAUGCUUUCAAAGCUCAGCUCCUUUCUUGGGCACGACUGAGCCUGAGGAAGAUGCUGAGUUUCAAAAGCUUGUGUCUUCAAAUAAAUCUAUUGGACUAUAACCUAGUAUUGUGUGAUUUUUCACCUCUUCUACCCCAGUUCAACAGCGUCUCCACAUCAUGGCUAUUUUGCUCAAACUCACUCCCAUUUUGACAAAUAUGAAAUCUCCCUUGAAGUAGUUGAAUUGGACAACAUUUUGGGAUGUAUCUGUUUUUAAAAUUUCUAUAGGUAACCUAGAAUGGUAAAUGGAGCAGUUUGAAUAUAUGGCUUGAAAUUACUCAAAAAUAAUUCAAUCUGUGCACCAGGUAUGAAUAAUUGAUCUCAAAUAUAUACAGAAAUUAUUUAUAAUGGAGUACCGCAGUCAUUCAUAGUAUGUGAAAAGGAAUUUUUCCAAACCUUUUGCAAGAUGUUUAUUAGUGUCCUUUCAUCCAGAAGAACAAGCUUAAAUUUUGUGUUCAUGUCGCAACUCAUUAUUCCCAGAGCUGUCACAAAUAUGAAAAGAUUUAAUCAAUCUAUCCAGAGUCCCCACUUUAUCUGACUGAUUAUUUGAGUUUAAAAGAAAACACUGCCCAGAUUUCUGUACUUAACAAGAAACUAACACUUUAUGAUGAAUAUAUUGUCUUUAACCAAUGGCAGUUAGGAAAUAUGAAUUGCUAACUUAAAACUGUAAACCUAAAGUCUAUCCUUUCUUAAAUACCCUUUUCACAAACAGACAGACAAAGACAUAAUAUGAUAUUAAGAAUGGAUUAAAAACAGGGAAAUGCAGUUUGAUAACAUUAGUCUGGACCACAUUAUUUAACAAGUUGCUUUCUUUCUUUUCCUUUCAAUUCCUUUCUAGUUCUUUGCUGUUGACAUAAGGUUGUUUGCCACAGUAUGCUGCUUUACAUUAACUGGUUAAGAAUUCAUCCUUUCCCCCUCCCCCUCUCUUUUUUUAAAAAGAUGUUUGAUUCCUCUUUCAAUAGCAGAUUUGUGGCAAAAAGUGAGCAGAAGAUAGCUAGCUGUUACUCUACAUGAGAGAGACAUACAGAUCAGUGUUUUCUCUUUGCAGGCUAAUUAGCUGUUUGCUGCACCAACUCCACACGAGCAAAUCAACUGUUGUUGUUGAACAGUUUUCCUUUAAUUCAGACCCAUUGGCUCUGUGCUGUGUGCUUUUUUACUUUCCCCUGGACCAAUGCGAGCAGCACUGUAUGUAACCCAGUGUGCUCCAGUAAACGUGAUUUUUGAAACUUCCCUAUUUCUUUACACAAUUUCAUUGCUUUAAAGGAGUAACUCCUUUUAUUGUAGGACUGUAGACAAAAAAAAAAGUGAUGUAGUCUUUACAUUUCCUUGAUGGGAUUCUAAUAAGUGCAAAUAGUAGAAGCAUCCAAUGUGAUUGAUUUGAAUAUGAACAUAUGAUCAGUUUAGCAAUUACAAUGUUAUUUUUAAAGUAGCAGAAAGAAUGGAACUCAAUUUGAGUUUAAUAUUGUGCAAUUUUUUCGUACUGGCUUCACUGAUUUUUUUUUUUGAGUGAGCUGUCCUGAAAAAUACUCUGCCUCCGUCUUUAUUUUAAAAUUGUGAUGCUGGGUAUAUCUAAAGCGUCAGGGGCAAACACCACUAAGUUUGUUUUUAAUCUGGGUAGGUGAAGCAGCUGUGCUAGUAAUUAGUUUUUAAUUUUAGAAGCUUAAGGGCAAUUUACCUGAAAUGUUGUCCAGAGAUAGAACAAAAGCACUGAAGUAUAAAAGUAAAAUUCUAACUGUUCAAUACUGUUUUAUUAAAGCAUCAACUAUUCAAAAUAUAAAGUAAAUCUGCUUUAAGAUUUAAAAAAAAAACUUGAUCCCACAGCCUUGUCCAGUUUUCUCCAAAUUACUUCACUUUGGAUAAUGUCCAAACAAAUUUUUAUAAUACAGAUCUUCUCAGCACAAAUUAUUGUAUAUGAUAUAACAAAAUUUGUAUUAGACAUGUCAAAAUUAUUGUGUAGUAACAUUUUAUAAUAUUUUAGCUAGCUUCUAGUGUUUGUCAUUCACAUUGAUAUAUUUAUUGGCUCAAUAUCGCUUCAACACAGCCUUCAAGUGUUAGUUGGUGAAAUUAAACUUAGCAUAUUUGUAAUUGGAAAUCUCUUUAGCAUUGUUAGAAAAGUAAGCCCCAAUUAAGUGUGUAAUAAGAAUAUCAAUUCAAUUCAUUCAAUCAGUUAAACUGGAAAAUUUCAAAAAUCUAUCUUCAGAAGUCUUAUAUGGAAGCAACAUUUGUACCAUUUUAAGGCCAACAGCACAGUUGCUUAUAAUGACAACUGAAGUGCAGCCUUGUUGAAAUGCAAAGAAAAUCUCCCUUGUUGCCCUGGACGACCGCGCCCCCCCCCCCCCCUCCCUCCCCCAUAUUAUACCAGGCAAGUCUGAUCUCAGGAUUGGAUCUUUGCUACUUUUUUUGUGUGUACUCAAAAAUUUCAAGCUUUUGCCAUCCUAUAGCCUCUGUGAGCUCCUGACAUUAACCUCUCCAUCAUCUAGAUUGCUUAUUUCAGUAUGAUAGUGCCCGUCUAUGACCUGCUUCAACUGGCCUGAUGCAUGCACUAUUGUUACUCCUGCUUUUAUUAUCUAUACAGCCCACUAUUCCAAUGUUUACCUCUGUUUCCAACCUUAUAUGUUCAUUAAAUUUGAUUUCGUCCAUGUCUCAAUUUGCACGAAUACCAUUCACCAAUUGGCUCUCUGCUUGCUGUCCUGCAUUGGCUUAAAUUGCAUGUUUCAAAUGUAAAAUUAACAUUUUUGUUUUUGACCCUUUCUUACCUCUAACCUACUUGUCUUCCAGUUCUGGUUCUUUGUGCAUCUCUGAUUUUCACACAGUUGCUGACUAUGCCUCAAGUUCCUUGAGCCCCAGGCUCUGGAAUCUAGUCCCAAAACUCUCCAUACCUCUUUGUUCCUUGUGUGACUCAUUUUAAAAUGUUGUUUGAUUUAAGCUCCUGUGAAGCACCUUGCAAUGUUUUCACUGUGAUAGCAGUACUAUUUAAUUAUCCAGAAAUAGAGGAUGGGCGAGAGCUAUUUUCCCUCACUAUAUUCUCUGACAAUACCCAAUCUUGGAUAUCAGAAUAUAUCUAUCAUGGAUGAUAGAUGAAAAGUAAAAUUGUUUUUCCACAGAACUAUACUUUGAUCUCUCUAUCUAAAAUUAAAUGUCCCUUCAUUUGAAAUCUGUGAAUAGGGUACAGGCUAUUUUCCUUUCUAAUAAAUUUUUUUUCUUCUGUGUGAACCUCUGAGUGACUUCUAAUUGAGUUGAUGCUGGGAACAGCAUCAGUAUCCCAAUCGGCACGUGCAGACCCAUACAGCACAAUUUAAAGGGAGUGUUCCUCUCGGUUUUGAAUUCAAUUAAAAUGUCUGGUGGUUCACGCAUUGGAGAGAAUUUUGAUCAUUGUUUAACAUGUGGUAAUAAUGAGAUCUUGGUAUUAAGUAUAGAAAAAAAGUGCAUUCCUUUUGUGUACUUUAAAUGUCUCUAUAUGAUAGACUUAGAAUAAUGUAACAUCUAUUCGUAUUGUGGUUGUAUAUUUUUAAAUAGACUUUAGAAAAUUUCAAAAUUGAAUCAAGACAGUUAAUAGAAAUUAAUUGAGUCUUCAUAACUUACGGAACAGUCUGAGUAGGUUAUAAUGGUACAACUCGUUUUAUAAAAUGGAACUUUAAAUGCAGACAUGUAAUGAAAUCUCAAUGAAACUUAGUCAUGAUUUCACUUUUUAAAAGUUGAAGUGAUAAUUACCAGAUAAUUGUGAACUUGAAGAUCCUGUGCAAAGGAACUCCAAGUUAGAAUAAUCUGUAGAUUGUAAUUUUUUGGUGUUUGCCUUGUUAUAUUUUAAUACCUUAUUUCCAUAAUAUUAUUUGAAUUUAAUUUGUAAAGCGCUCAGACUAAUCAUUUUUAGUGCAGAACUAUAUCUUUUAAAUUUUUAAAAAAACUAAUGUUUUAAUUUAAUAAUUUGACAUAUUUUCCCACUUACCUUAAACUGGUGAAAACCAAAUGAGUCAUGUAUAGUCUUCUUGUUUUAAGCAAUAAAUAUCUAAGCUGAGUUUUAUUUGUUGUGAUGCAACCUAGUAAGCGUCUGUUAUUUUUGUAAUUUGUAGAAGUCCAUUUUGAAGAACUGAACCAAUUACAAAUUAUUUUGCAUUGAGAUUUAUCAGUGGACCAUCUAAUGCUUUCUGCUUUCUAGAAGAACAAAUAAUUCUGUAUUUUGUUUUUCAAUUCUGUUUAUGGAAGAUUAGUAAUAUUGACUUCUAAGUUUAAAGGAUGACUGCAGUGGUUCAAGAACGCAGCUCACCACCAUCUUCUCAAAGGCAACUAGGGAUGGGCAAGAAAUUCUGGCCAGCCAGUGACACCCACAUUCCACAAAUGAGUAGAAAAAAAAAACUGUCCUUUACUGUAUUUUUAGAGUGCACUCAAUGCAAACAGCACUGGAUAAUUGGUUAUUGCAAAUUUGUAGUCAAGUUUGAGUAGCUUCAUUGGACUGUCUAAUUCUAGCAAAGAACUUAAAUUAGGAGAUAAACCUUCUGUCUUUUUGAUUUUGAUAUUUUAAUUCAAAGGUGCCUCAUGCUGCCCAAACAUAAGGAAUUCUUAGUCCAAAUGUCAGAGCGCACAAUGCUUUAUGGACUGGACAAAUGAUUUUUUUUAAUAGUCUUUCAUGUGUUGACAGCAUUGCUGGCAAGGUCAAUACUUAGUGCCCAUCCUGAGUUGACUUUGAGAAUGUGGUGGAGAGCAGCUGCUUUGAACCACCACAGUCCAUCUGGUGUAGGUAUUCCUCACGUUCUGAUCCAGCAACGGAGAAUGAAGGGCAAUAUAGUUCUAAGGUAAGAUGGUGCAUUGUUUGGAGGGGAGCUUGCAGGAAUGGUGUUUCUCUGUGCCUAUUCUCCUGUCCUACUUGAUACAUGUUGCAGGUUUAGAAGAUUCUGUCAAAGAAGCCUUGGUGAAUUACUGCAGUGUAUUUGAAUAUACAACACCCUCUACCACUGCAUCAGUGGUGGAAGCAGUGAUUAUUUAAGAUGAUGAAUGCAGUAGUGAUCAAGCAGACCACUUUGGCCUUAAUGGUGUUGAGCUUCUUGAACAUUGUUGGACUGAUACUCAUCUAGGUGUGUGGCGAGUAUUCAGUUGCACUUGUCAUGCUGUCUGGCCUGUAUUCACAGCUAUAAAUUUUUCCCCAGAUUGCGAAUAGAUAGCAGUGUUAAGAUGAUUGUAUGUCAAGAGGACAUGGUUAGAUUCUUCUGUUGCAAAACACAGCAGUAAUGUUUUUACUUUAGUACAAAGAUGAAAUAUUGCUCCUAGUAAUGUGCAAAAUGUAUAUUUCAACUCAGUACUAAAGCAAAAUGACAUUUACUUUCACUAAUUCGAGUGAAUUAAAAACAGUUUUCAUUUAAAAGAAUGAUUUUAGAAAAUGGUGUUGAUUUGUAGUGCACAACUCCAGUAUGUUGUUUGUAUGAUUUGGGUUAAGGAUAGUAUUAGUUGGAUACAGUUCAAGAUGGACUGCUGUUAAAUUGAAAUGAACUGACUGAGUUGCAAGCUGAACCCAGUAAAUAUAACUGCUUUUGUGGCAAUGUACGCAAGUAAAUACAAUGUGUCCCUUCUGUCAUUGAACCAAUGAAGCCAGUGCGAGAUGGAUAUAUUGAUACAAAAAAUGUUGCAAUUUGAAGUGAAGUAAAUGAGUCUGUUACAGCAUUAGUGCCUGAUCAAACACUUUUCACAGUUUUGGUUUUAUUUCAAAAGUGAUUUAUAUAAAUGAUCAUUAAAUUGAUUUCUAAUUUCUGUCCCGUUAGUCAUCUUUAGCUUUUUAGAGUGACUUUGUCUUUGAAACAAAGGACUCCUUGAAGCUGGCAAAGAGGACCAUGAUAGGAUUAGCACGUUGCAUACGAACCCUUUCAAAACUCAUCGCAUUAGCUAUAAAUAUAUUUAAAUCUGAAUGUUAUUGGGUUUGUUUGCUUUCAUGUUCUAUUUUCAUUGCUCACUUGUUCAUUUUAUGUAACACUGAUUAAUAUUUUAGCUUUGCUUUCCAUUUUAUGUACUAUGUAAAUAAUUGUGCUGUAAAUUGUGUUCAUUGGUUGGUAAUUUACUUUUAUACUAAAAUUGUUUGAAUUGGCGUAAGUUAGAAAUAAGAGCUACAGGUACUUCAAGCUGAAAUAUAAUGUUAUAUGAUUUUACAGUUUUAUGGUCACUGACGUAUCUUUUUGUUUUGGAAAGUCUUUUAAGGACUGCAGAAUUGUAAGCACCAAUUUUACCUGUUCAGGCUUUUGAGAGCAUAGUAACAAACUUAUACAUAGAGAAACUCAUCUAGAUUGUCCAAGCCCAUUUUCUUAAAACAACAAUUCAUUAGUGUUUUAUACAGUAACUGUGAAUGGAAUGAUAUUUUGGAAGUAUUUAAUUUCCAUUUUUUGGACAUUAAGGAAAACACUGUGCGUAUGAAAAAUAAAUGAGUCAAUUUGU